AUGCCUUUUAAAGCAUUUGAUACCUUCAAAGAAAAAAUUUUGAAACCUGGAAAGGAAAGAGUGAAGAACGCCGUGGGAGAUUCAUUGGGGAUUUUACAAAGAAAAAUUGAUGGUACCAAUGAGGAAGAAGAUAACACUGAGCUGGAUGAAGAAGGAAGGCCAGUGCAGACUUCCAGGCAGAAGCCCCCACUCUGCAACUGCCACUGCUGUGGCAUCCCCAAGCGUUACAUCAUUGCCAUUAUGAGUGGGCUGGGAUUCUGCAUUUCCUUUGGGAUUCGCUGUAAUCUUGGAGUUGCCAUCGUGGAAAUGGUCAACAACAGCACUGUAUAUGUUGAUGGAAAACCAGAAAUUCAGACAGCACAGUUUAAUUGGGAUCCAGAGACAGUGGGCCUUAUCCAUGGAUCUUUUUUCUGGGGUUAUAUUGUGACACAAAUUCCAGGUGGUUUCAUUUCAAAUAAGUUUGCUGCUAACAGGGUCUUUGGAGCCGCCAUCUUCUUAACAUCAACUUUGAACAUGUUCAUUCCUUCGGCAGCCAGAGUGCAUUAUGGCUGUGUCAUGUGUGUCAGAAUUUUGCAAGGUCUAGUGGAGGGUGUGACCUACCCAGCCUGCCACGGGAUGUGGAGUAAGUGGGCACCACCUUUGGAGAGAAGCCGACUGGCCACAACCUCUUUUUGUGGUUCUUACGCGGGGGCAGUGAUUGCCAUGCCUCUGGCUGGGGUAUUGGUACAGUACAUUGGAUGGGCCUCUGUCUUUUAUAUUUAUGGUAUGUUUGGGAUUAUUUGGUACACAUUUUGGCUUCUGCAGGCCUAUGAGUGUCCCGCUGCUCACCCAACAAUAUCCAGUGAGGAGAGGACCUACAUAGAGACAAGUAUAGGAGAAGGAGCCAACGUGGUUAAUCUCAGUAAAUUUAACACACCAUGGAAAAGAUUUUUCACAUCGUUGCCAGUUUAUGCAAUCAUUGUGGCAAAUUUUUGCAGAAGCUGGACUUUUUAUUUGCUGUUAAUAAGUCAGCCUGCUUAUUUCGAAGAGGUCUUUGGAUUUGCAAUAAGUAAGGUGGGUCUUCUGUCAGCAGUCCCACACAUGGUUAUGACCAUCAUUGUGCCGAUUGGAGGACAAUUGGCUGAUUAUUUAAGAAGCAGAAAAAUUUUGACCACAACUGCUGUCAGAAAAAUCAUGAACUGUGGAGGUUUUGGCAUGGAGGCAACCUUACUCCUGGUGGUUGGCUUUUCCCAUACUAAAGGGGUGGCCAUCUCCUUCCUGGUGCUUGCUGUAGGAUUUAGUGGCUUUGCUAUUUCAGGUUUUAACGUCAACCACCUGGACAUUGCCCCGCGCUAUGCCAGCAUUCUCAUGGGGAUCUCAAAUGGAGUGGGAACCCUCUCUGGAAUGGUCUGUCCCCUCAUUGUCGGUGCAAUGACUAAGCACAAGACUCGUGAGGAAUGGCAGAAUGUGUUCCUCAUAGCUGCCCUGGUGCACUACAGUGGCGUGAUCUUCUAUGGGGUCUUUGCUUCUGGGGAGAAACAGAAAUGGGCUGACCCUGAGAAUCUCUCUGAGGAGAAGUGUGGAAUCAUUGAUCAAGAUGAAUUAGCUGAGGAGACAGAACUCAAUCACGAGGGUUUUGCAAGUCCCCAAAAGAAGAUGUCUUAUGGUGCCACCACCCAGAAUUGUGAAGUCCAGAAGAAGAAAUGGAGAGGACAGAAAGCAGUGUCCCUCGAUGAGGAAGAGCUGACGUCCUACCAGAAUGAAGAGGGAAACUUCUCAGACACAGCCUAGUGUUGGAAGGGCACUUCCAUCUCCUCACUUUAGAACCAGAAAGUAUCCAUACCUAUUGCCUUCCCCAUAACCUGGCUUGCCAGAGAGUCAAAUAUGGGGACCCUGGAGGUAGGAGGGGGAGGAAGGAAAACCUAAUCAGCAAUAGAGAAGAGAAAAGAAAAAUAUCUUGCAAUGACACUUAUGGGUAUGGGGCU